AUGGAAAGUGCGUAUACGGAGUUGGCGUCUAAGCGUGCAUCAAGGGACCGCAGACGUGCGCAAAAGCAGCUAUCGCUGUCAGCCAAGCAGAACGAACGCGCUGGUGCCGGAAUGUUGGACGUCGUGAUGAAGAACAAGUUUUUGUUGGCGAAGGAAGACAUGAAGUCAAUUCACGUCUCGAUGAGUUUACUCUUUGCCGCACCAGGUCCCUUGGAGCACCGUAAACAUGGUACAUUCAGCUUGACUCAACCCUUGAGGCAAACAAAUGGCGUCAAAGGCGAAGUAGGGAACGGAGGGGGUGUAACGGGGGACGACGUUAUCGGGAAAGAAGGGAACGGACGGCGGGGAAAGAAGGGAACGGACGGCGGGUACUGGUGGCGGGGGUCCACGGAUCUGAUGUGCUGGGUGUCGACGGCGAUGGGGACGACGUCAUAG